AUGCGACAGGAAAACGAUGAAAAGGCCGAGAGAGCAGCAAGGCGGAUAGAGCAACUGAAACAAGAUAGCAUUGACGACAAGAUGAUUUCACAAUCGAAGCCUUUUGUACCCUUUGUCACCCUGCAAUUUCGGAAGUUUGUUGCCGCAACUAGUUGUGGGAAGAUCCCUUCCAAACGUUCGGCAUACCAAGCUUUUGGAGAGAGUGAUGCAGAUACCCGCCAUCCUGACGAUAUUUGCAGGGGCAACAAACAAGAAGUCAUCGAACCGAAAGUUUUCUUGAAACUCUCAAACAUGAAGGAGACUUCAGAUAAUCCUAAAGAUGCACAAGAAUCAAAAAGUCGUGUGGCCUUGGAAUGCAAGGAUAAGGAAAACUCUUCCAAGCUAUCUCAAACCUCUUGCAAUGAACAGCUCACCCCUCCGAAUUCGGAAGACGCUGAUUUUCAACAUACUUCCAUGAAAAAGAAGGGAUCCAAAGGCACAAGCUUGAAGAAUGAAAAGAAGCCCAAAUCAUCCACUGAUUGCGAUAUUGAAUCAUUGAAGGAGAAAUUGAGAUCUCUUUUCAAGUCGGAGGACACCAAAAACAAAGUUACGGUAUCCGAUCUCAAACUGUUUCUUUCCAGCGUAAAGUUGCCAGUUUCUGGAAAAAAGGAAAUUCUCGUUGAGAGGGCUCGAAAGGCCCUUGAAACAAGCUCAUAA